GGUGCGGUCGACGGCCAUCACGCAAAGGGCAAAAUCUCGGCAAUUAGCUGGCUGAAUGGUUUCAUCUACUAUUCGGCAUUAUACUCUACACAAUAAACCUUGGCGUGUGCUUCGAACACCAGCUGAGCACUGAGAGAUAUAAAAGAUGCAUAUCUCGCUGCCAUUCUAACAAUCAUCCAGACUCGUUCUGAUAACCACUCACUACCUUACAUUCAUUAUUCCCCCGAGAAUCUUGUUAUUCAACCAUUCCUUCUUACACUCUUUCUGCUAUCCACUUGUUUCUCAUAUAAGACUUACUCUUCGGAUAAAAGAUGAAGCCCUCUUUCUUCGCCGCUGUUCUCACAGCGCUUGCCACUCAUGUCGGUGCUCAAACCGUCAAAGGUGCUGCUGAAGGAUUCGCGAAGGGUGUUACGGGUGGUGGCAGCGCAAAAGCUGUUACCCCUACCACCACGGCCGAGCUCAUCAGCUACCUCGGCGACGCAGAGGCCCGCGUAAUCGUCCUGACCAAGACGUUCGAUUUCACCGGAACCGAGGGCACUGCUACCACUUCAGGCUGCUCUCCCUGGGGCACUGCGACUGCUUGCCAACAGGCUAUAAACAAGGAUGGGUGGUGCGACAACUACCAGAAGGACGCCCCGAAAGUCGCCAAAAUCACCUACGACAAAGCUGGUAGUAUCGGCAUAACUGUUGCUUCCAACAAGAGUCUGAUCGGACAAGGAACUGCAGGCGUAAUCAAAGGCAAAGGAAUUCGAAUGGCGAACGGUGUAAAGAACAUCAUCAUUCAGAACGUCAGGUUCACCGAGAUCAAUCCCAAAUAUGUUUGGGGAGGUGACGCCAUAACGGUGGAUGGUGGAGACAUGAUUUGGAUUGAUCAUGUAACGACCGACCUCAUCGCUCGCCAGCAUAUCGUUCUGGGCAACAGCGCAUCCGGCCGCGUAACAAUCUCCAACUGCGAAAUUAACGGCGCAACCUCCUGGUCCGCCACCUGUGACGGAAAUCAUUACUGGGCACUCUACUUUACUGGCUCUGAUGACCAGGUCACCUUCAAGAACAACUACGUCCACCACACUUCUGGUCGCUCGCCUAAGAUUGGUGGCAACUCCCUUGUUCACGCUGUUAACAACUACUUCUACUCAAACCCUCAGCAUAUGUUGGAGGCGGACGCUGGUGCUAAGGCACUCUUCGAGGGCAACAACUUCCAGAACGUUAAAGCCGCUCAGCAAGCUGAUCUGGAUGGAGCAGUCUACGGUGUUGCAAGCGCGGCACAGGCUUCGACUUGCACGGCGUCUCUUGGUCGUGCUUGCCAGCUCAAUGUUUAUGGCACCUCUGCUGCGCUUACGGGCUCAGACUCCAGCUUUUUGUCUAGCUUCAAGGGCAAGAAUAUUGCCACCGCCGGUGCUGCUGCGGACAGCAAGAACCUUGUCAACACUGCUGGAUAUGGUCGCAUCUAAGCGAGUUCUCUGUAUGGGCAGUGUUUAAGGCCUUCAUUGAGAACGGGUGGCGAUUGGAGUGAGGGUGUGAAUGGAUCUUCUCGACAACCUUUUAUAUAGUACUCAUGUAGCACGUAUAACCAUCCAUUCUUCGUCUUGA